AUGUUAGAUCAUAGAAACUUCAUCACUAGUCAACUGUUUGACUCUCUGUAUGACUAUGUAUCUCAUCUUAUGGAUGACAUGGAUAUUCGUGAUGAGGAGAAUGAGGACGAUGACGAUGUAUUAAAGUAUUUGAAAAUAAGAACUCAUUCUUCUCGUGCCAAAGAUGGAGUCGACCCCGAUGUAGUUGCUGAUUCAGAAUCAGAAAUCUGUGCUAUAUGCCAAUCUGAAUUUGAACACGAAGAGAGUAUAGGAACAUUGCAGUGUGGACAUGAGUAUCAUAUGGACUGCAUCAAACAGUGGCUGUUGAGGAAGAAAGAUUGUCCCAUGUGCAGAGCUUCGGUUUUGCCUUCACAAGAACAGAGAUUAUAG